AUGGAUCGAUUUGAAGAACAACAACUAAUAUUCGUUCAGGCGUUGAAUCAAAUUGAUGAUGAAUCAGAUGAAGACAAAGAACUAACCAACAACUUGAUGCAGCUAUAUUCAUCGGGGAAAAUACCUAGAGAUCCAGAGCCAAGAGAAGUCUUCACAAGAAGAUAUACGUACCGGGGUCGGGAUGAAUGGCACGAGAAGCUGAUGCACGAUUAUUUUCUUCCUGAUUGUGUGUUCUCUGAUGAAAAUUUCCAAGGCCGAUUCCGCAUGCCCAGACAUUUGGUGCUAAAGAUUAUUGGUGAGCUUUGUCAGGUAGAACCUCAAUUUAGUUAUCAGUAUGAUGCACUGAAUAUUAGGGGUCAUAUCCCUGAACAAAAGGUUACUUCGGCUUUGAGGAUUUUAGGAUAUGGCAGGCCUCCAUAUUCUAAUGAUGAGUACCUUCGCAUUGGAAAAACAACUGCAUACAAGUAUCUUGCGUUGUUUUGCGAAACAAUGAUUAAUCAUUUUAGUCCUAACUAUUUGCGAAAACCAACUGAUGCAGAUGUAAAUUUCAGUAUCAACGGGAAUCACUACACUCAUGGUUAUUAUCUUGCAGAUGGAAUUUAUCCAAAAUGGUCAACUUUAGUUCAAUGUUACCGUCAGCCACAUGCCGGUGAAAUGGGUCGUUCAUACUCGUAUUUCAAUAGUAAACAAAUGAAUCUGAGAAAGGAUGUGGAACGGGCUUUUAGAAUUCUGAAGCGGAAGUUCGCAAUCGUUUGUGGGCCUUAUCGUGGUUUAAGUGCUCGUGAAAUGCAUAAGACUAUGCUGACUUGUAUCAUUAUGCAUAACAUGGUUAUCCAGGAGACCCGUCGUAAUAAGAAUUAG